ACCACCGGCCCGGAGCGCAGCGCGGGGCCGGGGGCCGCCCCGGGCCGGGCCAGUGCCGGUACCGGGGCCGGUGCCGGUGCCGGAGCUGUCCAGUGCUGAAGGCUCCGGCCCGGCCCCGCCAUGCCCCGCUCCUUCCUGGUGAAGAAGCUGAAGGCGGACGCGUUCCCUCUCGCCGGGGCCCCCGCGCCCCCCUACGCACCCCUGGAGCCCCCCUACGCGCUGCCCGGCCCAGCUGCCGGAGAUGGGUACCUGCAGCACUGCCUGGCACCUGCCGGCUACAACCCCGACAAGAAGCAGGGGCUGCCGCCGGCACCUCCAGACCCGGCCUACGCGCCCGGCCAGGAGGAGUACAGCGACCCCGAGAGCCCCCAGUCCACCUUCUCCGCCCGCUACUUCAACGGGGAGGCAGCGGUGACGGACAGCUACUCCAUGGACGCCUUCUUCAUCACCGACGGGCGGUCGCGUCGACGCGGGGAGAGCCAGCGCCGCGGCAGCCACCGCCACUCCUGCCCCGAGUGCGGCAAGACCUACGCCACCUCCUCCAACCUCAGCCGGCACAAGCAGACCCACCGCAGCCUGGACAGCAAGAUGGCCAGGAAAUGCCCGACCUGCGGCAAGGCGUACGUCUCCAUGCCCGCCCUGGCCAUGCACGUCCUCACCCACAACCUCAAGCACAAGUGCGACGUCUGCGGCAAAGCCUUCAGCCGGCCCUGGCUGCUGCAGGGCCACAUGCGUUCGCACACCGGGGAGAAGCCCUUUGGUUGCUCUCACUGUGGCAAGGCCUUCGCCGACCGCUCCAACCUGCGCGCCCACAUGCAGACCCACUCCGCCUUCAAGCACUACAAGUGCAAGCAGUGCGAGAAGACCUUCGCCCUCAAGUCGUACCUCAACAAGCACUACGAGUCCGCCUGCUUCAAGGGCUCCGAACACAGCUGUGCAAUAGGGAACUAGUCCCCGUGUCCUCCCCCCUUCGCCCCCCACCGCACCCCCCCACCACCUCUACCCCUCCCCAUCCUGGUGCCAGUUGCCGCUACGGGGCUGGAGGAUGCUUCCCACAUCUCUCACCCCCUAAAUAAAAAGGAGCCCCCGGCCCCCGGGAAGGGCUGGACGCAGUCCCCGCAGCCAGGCAGGUCUCUCUGCAGGGACUGCCCCGGGAGCACCGCCUGCACCCGGGCCAGACCUUCCCCAGCUCGCGAUGCUCACCCCUAUUUAUUUAAUUUAUUCCUAUUAUUUAUUUAGAGCUGCUGCUUCUCCUCCCAGGAACUGCCGGGGAGAAAAGACACUCACCUGGUCCGUAGCAAGGACAGGACCAUGGGGCGAAGAGCCAGGCAGGACUGACGGACCCCAUCCGCCCUGCUGCCCCCACCCACAUGGGCACAGCCCCUGGGGCAGAACCCGCACCCUCAGCCCCUGUUGGGCUGCUUCCAUCCCCUCUCCCCCCUGGCCAACCCCAGACCCCUCUGCCCUCACCCCCGCACACCCCAGGAGGGGGUCGGUGGUGCCACAGAGCCCGGGUGAGUCUAUUUAAUUGAUGCUCUUAUUUAUAUUAUUUAUUCCUUCUGCUUUUCACUAUUUAUUUGCCAAGACCGGAGGCGGAUCGCCGUGCCCGGGACACAGCCACGGGGACACGGAUGGGGACACGGCCCCAAGAGA